UCGUCCCAUCACAAGGCAGGCACCAACCUCCUUGUGAAUCGGACAACCUUGUUCGCUACCUUGCGUGCAGCACACGAACGAGGUCGUUCCACGUUCCAGACGACUUCCGUCGAAACUAGGGAGGUCGUUCUAACUUCACGGGGCUUGUUGUGCCUUCCUGCUAAUCCCACUCAGCAGGGAUGGCUGUCUCUGUCGCUUCUGUUCGAGCCGCCUUUCUGCUCGACAGGUCGCCGUCAGACAGACCAGGGAGCAGCCCAGCUGUUGGCUCGUCCACAUCCGUCUUCUUCGUGCGACGGCCUCUCGGCGAUAUCGCUGUCCCUGUCGCCAAGCCAACCGUCACACCCGUCGCAGACGUCGUGUGCUCGUCGUCGUCCUCUCCCGUCCCCCAUUCCUCCUCCAGUCCGUCUUCUCGGGUCUUCCUUCGCCCGUCAUCAACUAUCUCCCUUCACAAUCGCACCGAUGCGUCCCCCCCUCGUCGAGUCGACCCGCAUCUUUCGGCACCCUCCGCCGCGUCUGCCGCCUCCGGCUGCGUCGGCGAGCUCACCGACUCUCGCAUGCCGCAUAACUCCGUCGCACAGCGCAAUGCUGUCGCACAGCGAUUCGCUUCCGCGUCUGGCGCACGCGCGGAGUCGCUAGCGGCGGAGGCGCUGUACCUCGCACAGGCUGCCGUGGUCGUCGCUAAAGAGGCGGCGCAGCUCGCCACUGUAGAGAGGGCCAUGCUGCAGCGGGUGGCUAUAACGAAGGGUUCCUCUAAGGCGACGUCUGAGAGCAGCUGGCGUGAUUGUAUCGAGGUGGGGGAGGAGCUAGGGCAGGAGGAGUUAAGGCGCGUGUGGAUCGCUGCUGGUGCUCCGGUGCCAAUCCUGACCCCGCUGGAAGCUUCGAGGAACUCGCAGCUGGAUAGCACUACGAGGAGCUUUCCUCCUGCGCGCAGCGCUUUGAUCGGCGACCUGAUAACUAUCGACUUGCUUCCCCAGACGGAUGGUUUCUGGUGGGAGGAGGAAAUAGGAAAGGCCAGUAUACGUGGCACCACCGGGUUGGUCCGUUCAGCAUCUGUUGCUUCGGAAACGACGAGCAGCGCAAUGCAGAUCAACGAUUGGUUGUCGACGUCGCCUGGGUCGUCGACGAGACAGGGCGGCGACAGCACCCCAUCGCAGAGCGACGAGCCAGUGUCUGCUCUUAGCGAAGGUGAUCUAAGUGAGCGGGAUGCCAGCGGUGAUGACAGCAGCGACGGUGAUAGUAACGAGGGAGCCGGUCAGUUCAAGCCGCGUAGCGUGCGCACCCUAGUUAAGUCUAGGAGGAAAGGCACGCGGAUGGAGCUGAGGGAGAAGGCGCGAUUAAAGAGGUAUGCCAGCCGGUCGACACUCCCCGGCUCGGCUUUAGACUCGCUCCUUCAACUCACUCCGGCGAAACCCGCGAAACGAACAGCGAAAGCCUCAGCGAAAGGGUUACCAGAGGCUGGCGAAGAGAAAGAGCUUACGUUCGAGGAGUUUCGCCGGGUGUCCGGCGACCCGAUCUAUGCCAUGUUCGAAUCCGCGGGGGGUAACCCGCGCCUCCUCACAGCAGCAGAGGAGAUAGAAUACUCCAAGGGCGUGCAGGAGCUUCUCAAACUCGAGCGCGCGCGGGAUGCGGCAGAAAAGGCGCUGGGGCGCGCGGUGACGAUGGAGGAGUGGGCGGAGGCGGCGGGCGUGGCGGUGGCGGAGCUGCGGCGGCGGGAGGCGCGCGGGCGCGAGUGCAAGAAGGCGAUGAUGGCGAGCAACAUGCGGCUGGUGAUCAGCGUGGCGAAGAAGUACUGCCGGGGGGGGCUGGGCCUGCAGGAACUCAUCACGGAGGGGUGCAUGGGGCUGAUGAAGGGCAUCGAGCGCUUUGACCACAAGCGCGGCUUCAAGUUCUCCACGUACGCGCACUGGUGGAUCCGCCAGGCCAUCACACGCUCUGUCGCCGAACAGACUCGCACUGUCCGCUUGCCUGCGCACAUGUACGAGCUGCUGUCUCGCAUCAGCAGAGCGCGGGACCUGCUGUGGGAGCAGCUGGGGCGGCUGCCGUCAGACAGCGAGCUGGCGGUGCUGGUGGGGCUCACGCCUGCCAAGCUGCGUGCUGCCGUGCGCAACGUGCGCGCGCCGUGCUCCAUGGACCGGCCCAUCUCCUCCGACGGGGAAGACACACUCGGGACAUUUGUGGAGGACCUGACACUGGAGUGCCCGGAGGAGCGCAUGAUGCAGCAGCUGCUGAAGCGUGACCUGCAGCAGGUGAUGGGCACACUCACGCCGCGCGAGAGGGAGGUGAUGUGGCACCGCUACGGGCUGGAGGACGGGCGCGCCAGGACGCUUGAAGAGCUGGGAGUGAUGUUCCGGGUCACACGGGAGAGAAUCAGGCAGAUCGAGGCAAAGGCGCUGCUGAAGCUGAGACAGCCUGAGAGAGGAGGGGGGUUGAGGGGUUAUGUGGAUGGGCUGGCUGUAUAGAGGUCUUUCAUUCGAACUAGGCUUCUCUUUCUUUUGUAUUCGUGAAUUAGGUUGUGCGUUGGAGUGAAAAACAAGCACGCCCGGCAGAUUACGCUUCCUUGUGUGUAUGACAUGUUUCGGAAGGCAAAACCCAUUGUAGAGCUCAUUGCUAACUUGCUUUC